ACACACAAAUCAACUAAAUGAGUAGAAAAGAAAAUAUUACUUUUCUUUUCUGCCUCUCUACUAUAAGUGUUGCUGCAGUUUCUUUCAUUCCUUUUAAUUUUUAUGGAGUUGUUCUGAAUUGACACGAUGCCUCAGUGGAAAGAGAAGAAUGAAAAAGCAGGAUAUAAUAAUCCUGAAAGUUUUUCAGAGCUAUUAAUUCUCCUGGAAUCUAAUGAUUCAGAUACUGUUAAUUCAUUGAAGGAAGUGAUUCGGAAUACUCUCUACAGCAAUAAGGAUUCUAAACUUCUGAACAGUUUGAUUGAAUUCUAUGUUGCUACUCAAUCUGAAAGUGCAUUCGAUGUUCUUCUACAUGUGAGAGAACCUCAUGAUAAGCACAUCUUUGAAAAAAUCAAUGAUAUGAUAAAGAAUGAAGCCACAAGAUAUAGUGCUUUACAACUUCUUGGAAGGAUUGUUUUCAAACAGCCUACUUGGUUACACAAAAUCUCCAGUCAGCGUUUAAUGCAGACCUUGUUGAACAUGUUAAAAACUGACUCUAAUUCUCCGAACUUGCUAAGUGGUCUUUUUAUCGUCAUUUGUAUCCUACCGUUGAUACCCCACCAAUUUGGACCAAUGCUACCCGAUACUUUUGAUGUAUUUUCAAGACUAGCAGCAUGGAAUAUUAAGAAACCAAGCACCUUAUCAGAAAUAUUGAAUAUGCAUCUUCAAACGGGGGUUUAUUCUCUUUUUCAUCGCUUAUAUGGAAUGUACCCAUGUAACUUCCUUGCUUAUCUUCGCUCAUUCUAUGGAGGAAAAGACUGCACUAAGGAUAAUUUUGAAGUUUUUAUCCAAGUUAUUAAGCCUAUGCUUGAACGAGUAAGACUGCAUCCUUUGCUUGUAACUGCAUCAAAAGAAACUGAACUUAGUGUUAGCAGAUGGAAAAGAAUGGCAUACCAUGACAUUGUAGUUGAAUGUGCUUCUAUUUCUCUGGAUUCAAUUGAAGGAUGCUAUGAAAAUUUCAGAAAUGCUUCUUUGUCUGUUUCAUCCCAAACUGAAAACCUCUCAACCAAUGAUGGUUUUAGUAGUAUAAACUAUUCUUCCUUGAGCAAUUCUUCUGUGAUUGUUGAAGCCACUCCUGCUUUAAAUGAAAAUAUCCAACCAGAUCAAGAGCAGAUUUGGUCACCAUCUCAAAUAUGUGAAGAAUCUUCAUUUUCUUAUUCCUCUAGCAACUUGUCACUUCCUCCUGUUGCCAAAGGCGAGUGGGCUUUUAAAAAUGUUAUGCAGUCUUCUACAGAAGAAAGUAUUCCUUUAGACUUUGCUGUUGAGGCAAAACCUGAGCUUCUGAGGAGUGAUAUUGAUAUACCUGAAAAAUCAGAUUUACAUGAUUUUAAUAAUGUGCACAAAGAUAAUAAUUUGAAUACUGUGAAAAUGCAGAAGUCAGAAAUAUUUUGUCAAAACAGUACAGAUUCAGAUAUAAUGGUUAUAAUUCCAGAAAAAUGCUCAAUAUCUGCUGAAGCUAAAGAAGAUGAUGUUGAUAGAGAGGUUUCAGAAAUAACCACUCAAGCUUUAGAACAUAGCUUGAAUUCAGAAGAAUUGAGGGAAGAUACUCCCUUUUGCUCCACUACUCAAAACUUAACUGAUGAGCCAGCCAAUUUAACUAAUACUGUCAUGUCACUUUCCGGAAGAUCUGAUAGCCUCACCAAAAGCACAGAAGAUGAUACAGAUGAGAUGUACAACAGCAUGCAAGAGAGUGAUUUACCCUCGUGUAUUCCGUCUUUUGCUCGCUAUCGAUUCUUUAGUCAUUGCGGUCCAGCUCCUGACAUUGCUCCAGUUGUUAAAAAACCUAAAGUCUUUAGAUCUAUAUCUUGCCCUGCUGAUUUUAAGCCUGAAAGCAGCUCAGCUGAACUAAGUAUUUGCAAUGGGGAGAAAUCUGAAAAGACAGACAUUACCAUUGUGACAUGUUGCAGUGAUAUAACUACUACCACAACGAGUGCCUUUGUAUCUUUGCCUAGUGAGACUUCCUUAUCCAAUAAUAAGAUACUUCCAGCAUAUCAACAGCUUUUGCCAGCUGUUGUAAAUCCUUCGCUGUUUUUGGAACAGCCGGUUUCCAUUGGACAGCAAAAUAUAUCUCAAAGUAAAAUGCCAAAAUAUUUUUCGCCACCAGAACUUCUGGACAUUUACAUUCAACAAGGCAAUGCAACAUACUUGAAUUAUUUGCCCUUGACUUCUAGGAAAGACACAGAUUGGACACAUUUUGGUGGAAAACCACCUCCAGAAGAAAUAGAGGUAUUGAAAAGCCAAAUUUUACUGUUGCACAAUAUGUUAUUAUUUGAAAGACAUCGAAAAGAUAUUCACAGUGAGCGUAAUAGACGAAUUUGGGUAAGAAUAAAGCGUGUGCGAAUGCAUGAAGAGUUCAUUGAAGCUUUGAAAUCUGAAAUUCUUAUUUUGACAAAUGAAAAUGACAGUUUGAAAAGAGAACUUUUAAGUCAAAAGAAAAUUUAUAUUCAACAUAUGAGUCAGAAGAAAAAGAACGAAAAAGAUAUGGAUUCUAAAAUUAAAAAAUUAGGUCAAGAGAAAAACCAGUUGCAGUUUUCCAAUAAACAACUGCAAACAUUAUUAGUGUCUCAAAAAGAAGAAAAUGAUGAAAUCAGAGAAUGUUAUAAGAAUGUCCAGUGUGAGGUGGCAAAUAUAAAAUGUCAACUGAGAUAUGCUAGAAGAGAAGUUCUUCUUUCUCAAAAAGUAAAGAAGGAAGCAAUAUUUCUUACGAAACAACUUAUUCUUCUUCAAGAAUUAAAUGCCCAUUACAAAAGUAAACUAGAUCAAGCUAAACAGCCUCAACAACCUGAUAUUACAUCUGCACUUAUGGACAACUCUAUACGAGCUGAAAUAGCAGGUUUAAAACAGAAGCUUGACACUAAAUCUGUUCUCUUGGAUUCCUCCAAAGGAAAAAUUACUGAGUUAGAAAAUAUAUUAUCUAAUUUGAAAUUGAAGCAAAGAGAAAGGACUAGUUCAUGUGAAGAAAUGAAAAGUUUUCAUCAAGCUGAAAUAACAGUUCGAGAAGAGAGAUUAUUGGACUUGCAAAAAAUAUCAGCAGAAAAAGAUGCUCAUAUUUUAAAACUUUAUGCUGAUAUGGACGAGUUGCAAGGAAAAAUAGAUUCUUUGGGAAGGAAACAAAAUUCUUCAAGUAAUAGUCAUAAAAACUUGCCGGGUGGUCACAAACCCUUAAAUCAAACUGCUGUUGAUGGAUGUUCUAACAGUCAAAGAACAGAUGACGCUCUUUCAUGAGAGAGAAAAAGAUUUUUUUAGAUCUGUUUUUAUUGGUAUUAAUGUUCCUGUGAUGCCAUAAUGUAAAAUGAACUAUUGUAUAUUCUUAAAGCAUCAAGAAAAAGUACAACUUACUAAACUUUUGUACAUAAAAAUAAUUAUUUGAAAUAAAGAUUUUAAAAUAUUUUAAA